AUGCCGUCUCGCGAAACUUUCGGUCGAAAGCAAUAUGCAUCUUCAAAAGGGAGCUUCAAAUUCGCCAACUCGAGCGACAUAAGGGGAUCUCUGGCCAGCCAAAAUGAGAGCGCUCUGAUCGAAGCCCUAACUGCUCUCCGCAAUCAACUGACCAUAAGGGAAUGCGAGACUCGAGUUUCUGCAGACGACGAGCGUCUGAUACUUGCUAAGUCCUGGCUGGAUGGCUCUCCCGGGGCACAGGAUAUAUUCGACAUCUGGGAAGGGUCCAAUUCGAGGCAACACACACUUCUGGCUCUCGUAGUAGCUGUCUUAUCUUCUUUGGUCGCGCUCCUCUCCUCGCACUACACCUAUCAUGUUCUUGCCUACCCCAUCAUGAGAACACUUCUAUCACCUCAAUGUACCCAAAGGCUCAACUCAUAUCUUGGCGGCUCACACACUGAACUGUUGCUGGUCACUCUGAAGUUGUUCAAUAGCAUGUCCGAUUUCGCUGGUGGAAGGGAACGAAGAGCCGUGUUAGAUUCGUUCGCCUGGGAGACGAAAUCGCUCCCUAAGCUCUUACACAUGCGGCGCAAGGGAAAGAUCAAGGACAACGUCGACAUCCUGGUCCGACCAGAUAUCCGAACGCUUUACAUCCUUUUCAUACUCUCGUUUGUAGAUACCUCGUCAUCUACUGCGGUGAAAGCAGCAUUCAUUGAACAGCGCCGCGAUAUAUUGUCGUCCAUCUUCAAAGGAUUAUCUCAAGAUCCGUACUCGCUUGUCAGGAGAGUACUGGAGAUUUGUUGGACAGGUAUCUGGUCGGAUGCAAAAAUUAGGCGGACGCUGAAGAUUGGUCUAUUCAGCGAGGCUGUGCUCGCGCAACUUGUCAGGCUUUAUGAACGUCUUGCCCCAGAAAAUGGAGAAUCCGAUCACGUACCGGCAGACAUAGCCCAUCAUUUCCUGCUGGCGAUCUGCACUCGCCCUGGCGUUGGUCUCUGCUUUCAAGACCGAGGUUGGUACCCUCGUGAGUCGGACCUCGAUGAUAGCGCGCCUCUUGAAACUGGUGACGAGGCGAGGCUGGGUCACAAGAGUAGCAAAAUAUACAACAAGGUCCUGGCCAAUGUUCUGAAAGUACUGAAAGUCAAUGAAGAUCCUCGUCAACAAGAGUUGGCUCUCAAGGUUCUUGCCGCCUGUCCUGAGCUGGUUGCAGGCUAUUGGUCUUCGGCUGCGUUAGCGUUGGAGCCACGCAUUUCCUCGAAGUGGAUCACCAACAUCGCCUUCUUCGGAUCUGUCGUCUCCUUACCUGUGCCUCACUCGACGUUCCUGAACGACGACGGCCAGCUAUAUCGCCCGGUUCCUCCACCUCUAGGCGCUAUCAUCGAGAACAUUGUGCCUUCGGGUAACAUGAAGGUCCAUCUUUCUCGUGGGUUGCAGUCACCCUCUGCGCUUGUCCGGCAUUGUAGUGCCCUGGCUCUCGCGAAGUGUCUGGUUAAAUUUCAGGCUGUGUUAGAUGUAUUCUCUGCUAUAGAGGCUGCAUUGGAGGAAGAUUCGGAGGGACAGUGGUAUGAGCGACGCACAGAGGUCGAAAGAGAGAUCCGUAAGAGAAUCCCCGAUUUCCAGGUUAUUGUCGGUUUCUCCCAGAGGUUAGGUGACUCUUCGUCUUUCGCAUCUAGUUCUGCUGGGAAUCACUCGUCAACGAUCGGCUCCAGUGUGUCUCAUUCACCCAAGAGGUCGCUGUUGCUGGAGAGCGCCCAGAGAUUGCUGUGGCUAUAUCAUAGGUCCUUGCCAUCCCUUGUCGCAGAAGCUCGGUUUGACGUUGGAAAGCUUCUUCAAGCGUUCCAAGAUGACGUCUCUGGUUCCCACUCCAGUGCGUGUAGGGGCUUUGACACUCUUCGGCGGCUGCACGUCUUAAGGCUCUUACGAGAGAGUGAACAAUUUACAUGGUCCUCCAAAACAGGCUCGCAUUCUCACCUUUACACUCUCCUUCGGAUCUAUGUCUCUACGCAGAAGUCUGUCAUCAAAAAGGCCCUGGCAUUUUUAUUCCGUCAAGUGUUUUCUUACAGCGUGAUCUUCCAGCACGAUCCAGACGAGAUCACGCUUUGGUUGGACGCCCUCCCUAGGACGAGACGUUCGCAGGGUGCGACGACGCUGGACGGAGUACCACUGACAGACGAAGGCGACGGCGUCGCAUUGUUUCUGGACGCUUGUGCCCAGCAGUGUUCGUCAAACCCCUAUCAGUAUCUCGAGGAUUUACAGACGUUAUCAGCCCCGCACGCACAAAAUCAGGAUGACUCUUCUACAUUCAACGCCCAGGAAUCCAGCAAGUAUCCCAGCCCUUUGCUCAUAACUGUUCUCGAACAGUUCGGGCUGAAGCUGAGAGCCAAGGCGUUGUCCCCGUCGGACGCGUUGACCAUUAUGUCUUUCCUCAGGAAGCUUGUGAUUCGGCUGGCAAGCAAGUCUUCCACUCUGUGUUUCCUGGAACGGUUUGUGGUAAACGUGGAAGAUGUUACCGGCUUCCUAUUCCAAGAACCUUUGUCAAUGUCUCCGAUCAUUUUAGCUGCGAUUCGGCGCGAAGCUUGUCUUCUUAGAAGUGGAUUGUCGCAGCUCCGCCAUUUCUCGGCAUCGAUAGCCCCGGCCCCUACCCCAGCGGUACAGGAGUUUCUAGCGCGGGUAGAGCACCUGUCAAACCCUAUAUCUCCCGAGGAGCAGGAGACAUCUGCGUACGAGUUAGUGGACUGGUUACGCUUAGCGGACUUUCCGAUGCACUCUUCAGAAGUUGCACGACUGAUCGCUGCAGUUGAACGGUUCCACAAGGGAGCCCUUAGAGAAUUAUUCGAAUAUUUGGAGCCAAAUCAGCAAUCAUUGUGGUCAAGCGUGAGCGUUGCGGACCAUUUCGUUGCUUGGCGCGAUCAGUUGUCCUUCAGAAUACUGAUCUUGCAUUGUGAUGACGGCACUCUCGCCGAUCCUGGUUGUCGUCAGAUUAUGGUAGAAUCGCUUUCCGGAGAUUCUCUGGAGAUAGCUGAUGUCAAGAGAGCUACCUGUCUUGUGAACCACAGGAUGCUUGCGUCGAGGGAUGACGACCCCGUUGUGCAGAAUCUCCUAUUACUUCUGCAAUCGAUGAUGGAAUAUUCUCGAGCAAACCUCACUUCUGAAGACUUCACGGGCUUGGUACAAACCUACUUCACCUCUGAGGCUUUCAGAGAAUAUUGCAGCAAGCCUGCUACAGUUGCGAUCCGACAAAGUAUUAGCAAUCUACUAGAUAUUUCCUUAGAUUCUUCUAAGGACGAUGACAGGCUCGUCGUCAGAGAGAUAGCCGGUCUUUGGUCCUUGACUGUAAAGGACGCCUCGCAGGAUACGACAAGCGACAAGAUGGCUACCGCACUCUUGUGGACCAGAUAUCUGGAUUCUGACGAGAUCCUGGCGUUAUUCGAUUCUCUGAGCGAUGCUGUGGAUAUUACCCCUGAUCGCAUUACUGUCAUUGAACACCUACUUCAAGCUGUCUCACCAAUACUCUCUGCCAAUCCUGGCGCUGCCAAGUCCCGUCUACGUCGGCUCAUCCGUCUACGAGAUCUUUUACCGCAUUCUACGACACUUGAAGCUGUGCUUGCUACGGUUUCUCACGGAAGUCUGCCACUUUGCUACGAUAGUCGUCCGGUAUUGCAUAGCAACGAGAGCACGAAUACCCUCUCCCACUUUGUUGCCCAAGCUCAAGCGCGAUGGUUACAACGCUUAGAUUCUGAUGACGGUCAUAUCCAGGUUGACAACUUCCUGAUGAUGGACAACAUUACAGAUGCCGCGGUCGAGAUCGUGACCAGUGUCAUUUACCGACGCCGAACUGCAAAGACGGCGACUCUCCGGUGGCUUCAUGUUGCUGCGUCUGGUAGAUGCUCUCCACUCCAUCUCGAUCGCAUCAUCCUUGCCUUGUGCGAUUCCACGGAGCACUCCGAUAUUCUCAACCAAGCGGAGAUCCCGACCUUGGCGUCUCACCUUCAGUACUUAGUUCGAACCAUUGCAGAGCGCACAAAUACGACAGGUCACAUAGAAACAUGCUCCACUUGCGCUGCAUGCAUCACCUCAAUGGUGAAGCAGUGGCCGUCGCUACUUCUAGAACUCCUGGCUGCGUUGCGCAAGGCGUGCGAACUACCAGUAUCGGACAAAUCUUAUUCCUACUUCCUCAUGAUAGGCAGACAGCUUCUCAAUCUUCCAGGCCGUGAAGUCGCGAACGUUGUCGAUGUUCUUGUUGAUUAUGGCCUAGUCCGGGCUGUUCACUAUUUCUCUUCUAAUGCGACAGGAUCAGAUGAAGCCGCCGAAGCGCUGGUCGACCUCGCGGUUUUGACGGAGUUUUCAUCGAGCGUCAAGGCCCAUCUUGCAGAGCCCGUGUUGGCAGCCGUCAUCCAGCAUUGUAUGUCAAAUAAGGAAGCAUUGCGCUUUGCGCGAUUAUUGGUCGAAAUUGCUCCGAUGAAGCCCGUCACAGUCAACCGAAUUCUCCAAAGCAUUGUCCAGCACCCCCAGUUGUAUACUUCGUGUGUGGUCUCAACCGACGAUGCAUCCCCUCGGACCGCUGUCAUCGACUUGUUAUCAGUCCUUUUCCAUCUUCACCCAUUGAACACGUGUCAGCCCACCCACGUCGAGCCUUUACGCCGCAUCUACGGUGGUACCCUAUCAGAGUCAGACACGAAGUUGCUCUCUAUCUUUAGGCUGUUCGAGAAGACGCGGAAAUUCUCAAUUUCUGCUCUCCUCAGCAGUUGGUCUUCAUCUCCGGAUAUUGUCCCAGUUAACGCGCUCGAGGCCGUCCAGAGCCUCGAUCCCAACCGAGUUUUCAAAACAUGUCUCUCGUUUCCGGACCGCCGGCGUCUCUUUGAUGACACUGCUGAAGGCAGCGAUGCAGACAAUCUCUUGUAUGAUCCUGUUUUUGUCGUCUUGUUAUUCGCGCAGGUGAUGGCGGAAGGACCGCCCACUUCGGCUUUGUCAUGGAUGCAACUGUUCAGAACAAAUGUCGUGAGUUUGUUGGUUCGCACCUUGUCCGCCGAAGACAAUCACCUGCGGGAUGUUGCCAUGGCUCAACUUGCUGCACUGUUCAAGUGCCUGCAGGACGCUGACGUGCAGGAGAAGCCACACGUUGAUCACAUCCUCAAUAUGCUCAAGGAUCUGGUUUCUAAACCGUCUGGUGACAACGUUCCUCGUAUCCCGGCGUACACCACGCUGCUUCUCGCGCAUUCUCUCCGUGCGAUCUUCUAUCCCUCAAAUUUCAUCUACCCGCUUACGGCGCGAUUCCUCCUUCAACGCCCUGAACUGGAUGCUCACGACGUACCUAUGCUUUUCGGGAUGAUCUACAGCUCGUCGGACCAGUGGAAGAAGGAACGCGGAUGGAUCUUGAGAUUCCUCAGUGAUGGGAUGGUGGGCUCAGAAGAGUGGAAGGUGCUGAAGCGGAGACACACCUGGGAUCUGUUGGCCAGUCUUUUCCAAAGCGAAGAGAGGGACUCGAAUUUAAGGCGAGGCGUUCUCGAGGUGCUUGCUAAUAUCACCUGCAAUGCCCGUGCGACGACGUCGUUGGUGUUGAAGGGCUCGCUACUCUCGUGGAUCGAGCUGCAGCUGAGAUCAACGAGGCCCAGUGAAGGUAUCGCCUGGAUACGAAUUCUGGAGAACGUUGUCUGCGUGGUGAAUCACCAGAUAAUUGAGGCGUCCACAUACGGCGAGUGGCGGUCUAUCUUGAGCAGAUGCGCGCUCAUGGUGCUGGAGAGUUCAUCACACACCGAAGGCGUCUUUCCGGCCGCGAUACCUCUCUUGCUUAGACUCAGUCUACUUCCCGGUCCGCCCAGUUCUCACAUCCGUCUCUUAAUCGCUCGAUGUCUCUCGUGGAUCAAGGCCAUCGAGAGUGAAGUCGAAUUUCCUCCAUCCGGACGCCUGACCAGAUCUCUCAGUCACGCUGAGCACGCUCAGGUGCCGUCGGCACCACAUUACUCCCGAGGUCUCUUUGAGAAGCCUGUCUGCUCUUCAUUGCGAAUUUGGGGAGAUGCUGUGGAGACGCUGUGGCGGGUGUCGAUGACCCUGGAGGAAAAGACUGGAGAAUGGGAUGAACUCACUUGCCGCUUGUUGAUUUGGCGGUCCAUGGCGGGUGAAGGAAGCUCGGUGGGAGAGUGGGCAAGGCGAGAAGUGUUGCGAAAUUUGGAGAGCCCGUCGUAA